UUAAAACUUAAAAGCGCAAAUCUCGUUCGGCAGCCUUUCAGUUCAAAUACUUGCGCGCGAGUCGUUGGAGCCGUGAUUUUUUCGAAAAUUUAUUGCUUCCAAUUUUUAAAUUAGUUAUUCCUAACCCGUUACAAAAGAAACAAUUAUUGUCAUUGCCAUUCGUCCUUUACAACAAUAUUAUUGUCCGUGAAGCCACAGCUUUUAUUUUUUAUUUUAAAAUUCAUGCGGUGCAAAACCAAUCUGAGUUUACCUUGGUAGUUUUUUAGUCGCGUUUGACCCAGUUAGUUGGGCGCGAAUGCAGUUUUCUGUAAUUUAUUUGUAACUAUAUAUUUUUUGUUUAUAAUAAAGUGCUUUUUUGAAUGAGUGAUAAUUACUGAAGCAUCACAAAAUGAAGACCAGGGUUUCCAAGUGCAAAAUUUUUAGCGUCGCCGUAGCAGCAGCAGUAGUUGUAGCAGUAGUGAUAGCUGUAGUAUGGCUGUUGGUCAUGAACAAGAAACACUCUGUGACUGGAGCGGUAGUGAGUAAUGGAUAUGGAUGUGCUGAUAUAGGAGUGUCUAUUUUCGAUAAAGGUGGAUCGGCAGCUGACGCAGCAAUAGCCACAUUAUUUUGCGAAGGAGUGUCGAUGCCCCAAAGUAUGGGUCUUGGAGGCGGGUUUCUAAUGACCAUAUAUGAACGAGAAACUGGAACCGUGACCACUCUAAAUGCUAGAGAGACAGCCCCAUCUGGUGCUACCCAGGAUAUGUUUGGUGAUAAUGCAACGUUAUCGCAAUACGGUGGUAGGGCAGUAGCAGUACCAGGCGAACUAAAAGGCUAUUGGGCACUUUAUCAAAAGUUCGGUUACUUACCAUGGAAAGAUUUGGUACAACCGACGAUCGAUCUUUGUAACAAUGGCAUUUAUGUAACCAAGUUUCUAGCGAAAGUAUUUUUGAAUAAAGUGGUCGUGUUAAGAGCCGAUCCGGUUUUAAGGGAAAUUUUUAUCGAUCCAACAACAAACAAUCCUUAUUUGGAAGGGCAGUAUGUUAGAAGGAAACGUUUAGCAAAAUCACUGGAAAUAAUUGCUAAAGAAGGAGCUGACGCUUUGUACAGCGCAAACGGUUUUCUUAUUAAGAGUUUUGUGCAGGACAUUCAAGAUAAUAAUGGAAUUAUAAGUGUUGACGAUAUGGUAGCUUAUGAACCAAAAUGGGAAGAUCCCAUUACAGUUAACUUUACUGAUGGCCAUACUCUGUAUACAACUCCUUUACCAGGCUCCGGGGCAGUUUUAGCUUUCAUACUCAAUAUUUUAGACGGUUUCGUUGACUUAACUAAUUUAUAUCAUGUGGGAACUUACCAGAGGAUUGUUGAAAGUUUCAAGCACGCUUAUGGACAAAGAACGAGAUUGGGAGAUGAUAUGAAUGGAACAAUUGCUGCUAUUGUCAACAAUAUGACCUCCAAAUCAUUUGCUGAAGAAAUACGAAGUUUAAUUUUUGAUACAAGUACUAGUCAGAAUGCUUCAUAUUACGGUGCUGAAACUGUUGGACCUGAAGACCACGGUACUGCACAUGUUUCAGUACUUGCUCCUAAUGGAGAUGCCAUAUCUGUUACCAGUACUAUUAAUUUAGUAUUCGGAGCAAGAUUUGUAUCACCAUCCACCGGAAUCAUUCUGAACGACGAAAUGGACGAUUUCUCAUCACCAAAUAGCACCAGCAAUUAUUUUAACAUUCCACCAUCUCGUGCUAACUAUAUUGAACCCGGUAAAAGACCACUGUCUUCCAUGGCACCGUCUAUUGUGGUUAAGGGUAGAGAUGUUGUCUUGGUCAUAGGUGCUGCUGGUGGAACUAAAAUUACGAGUGUAGUUGCCUCGAUAAUCUUAAAACAUAUUUGGUAUGAUGUUAACCUAAAAGAAGCCAUUGACGAACAAAGGUUGCAUCAUCAACUGUUUCCUAUGGCGAUUGAGUAUGAAGAACAUUUCGCUACAGUGUAUCCUGAACUUGUGAAAAACCUAACAGAUAUUGGGCACAAUUCAACAGGCGUUACCACCACUGACGGGUUUUCAGCAGUUACUUCAAUCACCGCUAAAAGUGAAACAAUCCAAGGGGCCGUCGAUGAUAGAAGGGGUGGCUGCAUAUCCUACACUACAAGUUGAUGUUAUUUAUUAAUUGUAUAUAAUUGAGUCCUAAUUUGUCAUGUCACGUGUGAUACUACUACCAGAUAAAAUUGAAUAGUUUCAGUUGCCUUUACUGAACUUUUCAAAGCUCAGAUGAUAGUGUCUAUAUUUUGAUUUUAAUUAUAUAUUAAUUUCUGUGAUUAUAUUGUAAGUCAGUAAAAUAAUUUGUAUUUUUAAUCCUCACCGUACAACAAGUUAAUCUUUGACAAGCAAAUGUUGAGAAAAG